UAAUACUAGUGUAUCAUCAUAAUGCCUGUACAAGCACGUGACAACAAAACAAAGCUCACUGGAAAGAAACACCGCGAGACAGAACGAGAACGUCUGCACAGCAACAAAUACAAGUCAACCCCAAGCUUUAGCGUAUAGGGGGUCACCCUGGCAACAUGGAUGUGUCCAAUCACAGUCUGGCUCUUUUGCAGCAGCUGAACAUUCAGCGAGAGUUUGGCUUCCUGUGUGACUGCACAGUGGCGAUAGGCAACGUUUACUUCAAGGCACACCGCGCUGUGCUCGCUGCUUUCUCCAACUACUUUAAGAUGAUAUUUAUUCAUCAGACUAGCGAAUGCAUUAAAAUACAACCUACCGAUAUCCAGCCAGAUGUAUUCAGUUACCUGCUCCACAUCAUGUACACUGGAAUGGGCCCAAAGCAGCAAGUCGACCAGAGCCGCUUACAGGAAGGGAUUCAAUUCCUUCACGCCUUUCAGCUUUACCGUAACGUAAGCACAGCAAACCAGGAGGCUGCUUUGGAUGCAGUAAAAAUGUCAAACCUCUACGGGAUCCAGAUAUCAUCGCAGAUGACAGCCAAAGAAACCCUGGGGCUGAAGGACAGUCAGUCGAGGGGCUUGGAGGUAGAGAGAGCUAGCGCUCCAGAUGAUCACUCACAGAUCCGGCUGCCCCUCGCUGUUGGGCUGGAGGGAGCCUCUUCAGACUUGCAGCUGUCUAACGUCCACCGCCCUGCUUCUGCAACCUCCAGAGAGGAGACGGAAGUCUCAAACAUCUUUGUGACAAUAAAGCAGGAAAAGGUGGAGCAUGAGUUGGCCAGUGAGCCCCAAACCAGUUCUCCCCAUAGCCAGGAAAAUCAAAGCCCCAGUGUCUUUAAAGGCGGCUUAAAAUCGUUGUUUUGUCACUAUUGUGGAGAGCGAUGCAGUUCCCGUAGCAGUCUGUGGGAACACCUUCACACGCACGCGACCGUCUCACUUCCUUUGGAAGUGCCGGGAGCCGUUUUGGAAAAUAACAACCUGGGGGUGGUGCAGAAAAUCAGUGAAGACUUUGACAGUCUGGAAGAUCGUCCACUACAGAGUUACCUCACCAGCAAGAACCCUCUUCUGCUUGAGCAGGCAGACGCUGGCAGCAUAGAGGAGGCAAUGUGCCACAGUCAGUCCCUGGCAUUAUCUUCAGAGGAACUGGCAGCAGAACUAAAAAACAGCAGUCCAUACUCUCGUAAACGAAAGAUUGCUUGUGUGAUCUGCAGCCUUAGGUUUGCGCAAAAGAGCCAAUUGCAGGAACACAUGUACACCCAUACCGGUAAACAUUCCCGCUGUCACAGGUACAACAGAGUUUGCAGUCAGCUGAUUCAAACAUCCCAUCAGUACUGUGAAAACCAGGCUGAAUAUACAGUAGAAGAAACUACUAGGGACACUCAAGACAACCUCAGUUCUUGCUAUUCUUUAGACUCUGAGGUUUCUCAAGAAAGUAUCGAUACUGUUCUCGUAGAUUAAACCCAAUCCUGGGACUUUUUCUUAGAUGGUAUGUGUUGAUUCUUUUGCCAAUGCAUCAUUUUUAUUUAUUUUUUUUCUUGCUUCCCAUUGUGUGUCUCAUAAUGCAGCUCUUCAGUUUGGUGUGACGUCUAUUCUUGAAGCUGCUCUGUUGGUUCCAGUGUCUGUGAAGCUGUUUGUUUAUUAAUAGACUCUUCUGAAUUGAAAAGGAAAAUAUUGGUGUGACAAAAUUAGAAAUGACAAGAGUCUCUUAACUUUCGUAGGCUUUACUGCAGCUGCAUGUUAAAUCUCUCCUCCGAGGUCACCAGGGAUCAAUGCAUACUGUAAUGCAAUAUCCACCAUGAAAUGAUUAGAGAAUUGCAACAGUAGUAAUAACCAAGGUUGAGAUUUUAGAUAAUCUGCUUUCCUCUUAUUCUAGCUCAAGUGGACCAAAUUCAGUGGAGGUGUUUCCUCCAUUUGUUGUUGAUGGUACAAAUGGUUGCAGGGUAGGUGCUGUGUGCAUACAUAAGAAAGCUGCUCCACUUGGUCAUAACAUGUCUACAGUUAGCAAAAAUGACCAUUUUGAUUUCUCCAUGUGAGGGAGAACCGUGCCACAACGGGCUCUUAAAGAGACAGAAAAUGGAAUAAAAUGGAAUAGACUGUAACCUUAAAAAGGUUUUGUGUACUAAAACAAAAAAAAAGCUUAAUUAAACGGUAGACUAAAUAGGGUGUACAAAAUUAAACAAUUAUCUCAUAAAUGUUAUUUGUUUUUUUAAUUCUUGUCUUGUUUCCGUUUUUCACAACCUUUCGACUUGUUUUUUAAACCCAUUAUCAGCCUUAAAAGGCUUGUUAUAAGGGCUUUCCCACAACGAAAAGCAAUAGACGUAAACAAUUGAUGCAAAUCAUUGAUGUAAGGGGUCGAGCAAAAUUUUUUUAUUUUAUAUAUAGGUUACUGUGUAGAAAUCUUGCAAAACUACUUUUUACUGCUUUUACAGUAAUUGUGUAAUUUUAAAAUGGUGGUGUUCAUGACAUGUGAAACAAAAAAAAAAACAAAUGUGUGUUUUGUAACACACAGAAGUGGAUUUAGAGAGACAUACAGAAAUGCAACUUCCUCAAAAGUUUAUCUGAAUACAAUUCGAAAAAAAAAAGUGCUAUCGGGCCUAAAAGUAGUUUUCUAGAUCCAUUCUACAGAUUACAGCUCUUCCAGAUUGUAUCAAUUUAAAAUUUUGGAUACAUUUUGGGUUUAAUCUAAAUAUACAGGUGCAGUGUACCCAUAAAUAUUUUAGACCCGAUGUAGUGUUAGAAAGUGGUACAACGUCAGAAUGUGGUACACAUACCAAAACACGACCCAUGUAAUGUCAGAGUGGUAAGUGGUCAUGUUAAAAGUAGUACGCUGUCAAAUUUUGGUACAGGUGCAAUCAAUUGCGAUCUGAUGGGUGUUUUCCUAUUGUCAAAAAGAGGAGAAUUUACCAUUAAUUAUACUUUUUUUUUUUUUGUAAACUUAAACUGCAAACAGACAAUCAAUUUAUCUAAAAAGAAAAAAUAAUUCACAACAAACAAGACAAAAUGAGAAGUCCACCGCAAAAUUGCACAAGUAAAAAAAUGUAAAAGGCCCAAUGUAUAGCAUAUGAUACAUAUUUGCAUAAUAUUUUCUUAAUGGUGAAAAAAUAUGAUAAAUUCAAUUAAAAAAAAGAUGUAAAAGACUGAAAACAGCAUAACAUACCAGAUUUGAAUAGGCGCUUCCCUGCUUUCUUAGCGGAAGUUUUUUAGACAAGUGUAGUGAGCUGCAUACCUGAAAAUAACAAUACACCGGUUCUAGUCAGACUUUUUUCUUUACAAUUAAACAUAUAUAAAUAAAAACUAGAUAUACAAAAUGUACAGUAGUAGCAGAAAAAACACAGGCUCAUCUACUCAAGCAACUACUCCACAUGGCUCCUGCUUUGUUGCUCCUAAACAUUAGGGCAUCGUGUGUACAUGAAAUAGCCUGAACACUUGGAUGCGUAAACAAACAAUAAUACAAUAUACCAAUAUAGCAGUAAUGUCUCACCGCCACUAGAGGGCCUCUAGGGACUGCAAAAGCGUUAUUGAUACAUACUUUUUGCUUCUUUUUUUAACUGACAACUUUACAGUCUUUAAACUCUGUUACUAUACAACAUUAUUAUUACAUAUCUCAGUUAUGCUCUUUCUCUUCUAUACAGAUGUAUACAGAUUCAUCUAAGAGAAAAAAAAAACGGUUUAUUAAAAUCCACAAUUAAAAAAUAAUAUAUUAUUCAAAGAGUUUAUUUAUUUAACCCUUUCAGUCCUGGCGGGACAACAAGGUCCAGCCUUAUCGUAGCGCCGUAAAUUAACAUAUGCCGUCGGAAACUAGGUUGGAACCUCCCGCGACAGUCCCAGUCUAAGGCAGUGUACUGCCCGCGUCAGACGGCUGAGGCGUCUUCUUAGGAAGUACCACCCACACGUAUGUCCACUUCCUGUAAUCGCAUUCUUCAGCUCGACAGAAGUAAUUGAGGACUGAAAGGGUUAAAGAGUGAUCCGCUACACUCCACAUGGCUGGCCAGGCUUCUAUAGCAGAACCUAUUCCUUCACUGUAUGUGCCAUAAAGCAGUUACGUUAAGCCUUGUAACACCAGUGCUGUACAUACAUAUUUUUUAGACAUAUUGUGAAGGGACUUUGGAAUACAAAAUAGAUCUGAUUCUGUGACUAUCAAUAGGAAUAUUACAGCUUUUAAGAAGAAUAUCAAUUUUCUACAGUCAUCUCCAGCAAGAAACAAAAAAAAAAAACCAAUUUGGACGCAAAAGUAGGAAAAUUGCUCUCAGCAGUCAUCAGAUAUUUCAAAGAAAUAUGUUACUAUGGAAACUAGAUGGCAUUUGAAAGCUACAUUAGAGAGUUUAUUAACACAUAUCUUUCUAUAAAAGAAUUGUGUUCAAGUUCAAAGUCAAAUUAACAUGUCAGAAAUAAUAAUUGACACAGGCUGUGGCCACAUUAUUAGGGACAUUCUGGUACACUCCACUCUGAUUUUCAGCACACUGUUUUGGUCUAUGCAGCUUGCGCACAACCUACAUUAAGUGUAUGGAUUAUUUCACCUAUUGAUUUACUGCUCUUCUGGUUUUGUUUAAAUUAAUCAGUAGUGUAAAAAUCACGAAAAAUCAACAAAAGAAAUACAAUUUAACAGUAAAACAGUGCUAAAUGUAUGGUUGCAGUGUUUUAUUCCUCUCAGAAAAGGGGAAUGAUCUAUACAAUGGGUAUUGUGACUAUAAGUGACGGAUACAUAUUGAAACAUGUACUAUGGAAGUUGUUUCACCUUUAAUGAAACUACCAUACGGGUACAUUUGCAAAACAUAACUUUUCUAUUGCCACAUUCUUAUUUUUCCCACAUUUUGCUCUACAGUAAUCUUUUCUACUUUGCAUUUAUUUUGUAAUGCAAGUGCCAUCUUUAAACAAUAUUCACCCCAUCUCAUACUGAAGUUGUUAAAUGGUGUUCAAAUUUAAAAAUAGGGAAAAAAAGUUUUAAUACACAUAAAAUAAAAUGCGGCAAUAAACAAGUUAUGUAAAUAUACCCUAUGGUAGUAUAAUUAUAGGUGAAACAAGAUGCAUAGUAAAUAUUUAAUUUUUGUCUGUCAACUGUAGGCAAACUUCCCAGCAAAUAGAUCCUUGUCUCUUGCUUUAUAGGGCCCUAUGGACUAUCAAUAUAGUCCAUUUCAUCCAUCAAGGCAUUAUUGAAGAGACUGAUUAGUUCUGUCAGACCCAGUGUGGAUUGAUUGAGUCUCAAUUCAAUUGAUUUAUUCUGCUACUGAGGGGUGCUGUAAUGAGAGUUGAACCGGAGACCUUCUAGUUACAAGCUCUGGACUUUAACCACUGGACCACACUGCCUCACAAGCCACUCUGAAAGAAGCGACUGCAAACUGGACAGCCUUCAUUCAGUUGACAUGCUAGCACUCCAAGCACAUUCAGUGAUUGUUUCCACCUGUACAACCAUCCUCAAAUGCACUGCCACUGCAAGUGCAUGCUAAUGAACUGUUACACUAUCCCGUCUGAUAACUGGAAAGGAGACAAAUCUGCCCACAUGACUAUUGGACAAAGUGGUGGUUUGUUGCUAGAGGACAGGGAUAUAAUAGCUUCUGCUCAAGGAAGGACAAGGUAUGUACUGCUACCUGGUCCAGAAGCAUGGCGCAUACAACAAACAAAACAGCCAAAGCUAGCCAAGGAAGAGAAUCCCACAGCCAAGCUAGUUCCUCUCCGAAGGAUGAUGACGGACCCUGCUCUUCACCACAACUGAAUCAUCAAUUACACAAUACACCAACUGAACAAGGUGAAGAUCAGAAAAGGUCUGAUCGAGAAGCUCACAGCUGAUAUUUCAGAAGGAGGGCGAAUAGCCACAGCCGGAAUCCCUUUAAAUUCUAAAGAAGAAACUGAUGUGGUCUGCAUCUCAGAAGGAUACAGAGGUGGUGUCAAAAACAACCUCUACACUCAGGCCUUCCUCUUUAUUUCUGGGUUUUCCAUAUUUAAACUCUUGCUGGUGCAGCCACCAGAGUCACCAGCCUGUGGAUAAUGUGGGCUGCAGGAGAUUAAAGUACAAGCCAAUCACAUCUAUGGGGAUGCAGGAGUAGCUGAAGGAAGAAUGGUCUAAGCUAAAGUUUGACCUGGUUAACUGGAAGAGCUGCAUCCCUUACAUCGUCCAGACAGGAACGGUUAUGACUGUGGUUGAGUGAUGCAUAAGCAUUUGUUUACAUUGAAGAGUGAGAUGAACCCUAUCCUGCUUUGCAGCACUCGUCUGAGUACCAGCAAAGUGGAUACAUAAAGGAGUUUGUGAUGUAACCAAGUCUGAGCUUUUAGUCGGUUUGUUGAAGAGGACCAUUAACAGUCCACAGUUUGGCACACCAGAGGCUUUCCUACAGAAGAGGAGAAAAGCACAAUUUCAUAAUUCUAGCAAAUUAAAGGAGGCAGGGGGGUCUGUCGAAUCUGAAAGAAAUGAUGCCUCGACUGAUAACACUAUGUAACACAAUUUUUGUUCCUGGGUAGUAAGUGUUAUUUCCUAAUUGCUUAUGCCUCAAAAGUAU